AUGUUAAUAUUAUAGCACUUAAAAAUAACAGUUAUUUGAUGGCCCAAUAUUGAUUGUAUCAUCGUGCAAAAGCUUUUUACAGAUAUAAUAGGUCUUAUAUACUUUAAUGAAUGUUGAUCGUUCUUGAGAUUUGCGGGUUCAGGACAAAAAUUCUUAAAAUCAAUUGCGUAGGCCAAAAAUGUUUUCGUUGUACUUUGAUUUUCUAGUCUUAUUAUUUUCCUAGUAAAAUUUUAGUUUACUUGACAUUAGAUUUUUAUGAUCGUAACAAAAUAAUACUAAUUUAAUGACCUCAUCAAGGUUAUCGAUUAUAUACUGAUGUAUAAAUAUUUAGGUAAUAUUCAAAACUUGUUCAUAUAUUUUUGAGCAAUUACUAAAAGGUAAAGAAUAUAUCUAAAUGUUGAAAAUGUCGUUUAAUACUAUUGUUUUUUUCAUUUGCUCAUUGGUGUUUUGUAGUAUUAGCGGUCGUUCUUUACCUUCUUUCAUAAAAGCAUGUCGGCGAAAUGAUGCCAAUAUUAAUAAUUGCAUAAAAAAUAUGUUGGAGACCCUUAGACCGUAUGCUGUAAAUGGUAUACCGGAAAUGCACGUUCCUCCUCUGGACCCAAUAUCUAUUCCCUUGAUUACUCUAAAUCAAGGAACUAAUUCAGUAAAUUUUAAAGCCGUAUUUACUAAUUUGAAGGGUUACGGGGGAAAAGACUUCCAAACAAAAAACGUAAGGAUAAAUUUGAAAGAAAAUACUUUUGACGUAGACUUGUUUUUUCCAAAUUUCCAAAUAGACUCUAAAUAUGAAAUUAAUGGUAAAAUUUUAAUGUUGCCUAUUAAAGGCAAUGGAUUGUUCGUUGGAAAUUUCUCAAAUAUUGAUACAUCGCUAAGGAUAGUAUUGAAAACUGAAAAGAGAAAAAAUGGUAAACUUCACUAUGACUUCAAAGAAAAAAAUAUUAAUUUAAAUAUAGGCAAUGCUAAAAUUAAUUUCAGUAAUUUAUUCAACGGAAAUAAAGAAAUGAGUAACAACGUCAAUCGUUUUAUAAAUGAAAAUUGGAGAUCUCUAUUGCAAGAAACAAAACCUCUUUUCGAAGAUACAGUAUUGGCAAUGUUCGUGAAUAUUUAUAAACCAGUGUUUGACAUGUAUUCAAUAGAUGAACUAUUUCCAGUUUAGAUCAUUUAAGUUACAUAGACAAUAAACUAAAAAAAAAUAGUUGAAUCGCUAAAUUAUUAAAAGACUAAAUACAUUUUUUAUUUAUUUAUAGAAUUUUUUUUAUAUAAUAUUUAGAACAUAUUAAGUUGAAUUUUAUAUGAUAUAUUAUUAAGUUGAAAGAUUUAUAUGGCAAUAUAUAUCAUAUUUGUAAAUUAUGCAUAGAUAAUAAUUAAUUUUUAAACAUUUUUGUCAACUAUAAAAAUUUUUUCGGAAUUUUCGUUUGGGUUUCAUCGUAAAACUGUCAUUAUUUGUAAAUUAUUCCUCAAUAUUAUAUAUUUAUAUUAUCAUACUCAUAUAAUUUAGACCUAUUGAUUUACAAUUAUUCAUUGAGCUGAAGCACACUUUUUUUUUAUUAACUUUUUAUUGUAAUUGGUAGUGUCUAAUUUAUAACAUGUUCCUUAGCUAAUUUAGGAACAUUUUCUUUUAAUAAUUUUAAUAUAGUUUUCAGAUAUACUACAUUGUAAAAUAUUUCAAACAUAUUCAUUUCUAAACGAUACUAUAGAAUAG